AGACUCGGCAAAUUGUGUUACUGGCCCAUGGUGACAGCAUAGAGAAGGUUGCAAAAGGGUUGCGUUGCGUCGCAAAAUCUUCGCGUCAUAUUAUUUCCGCUAUUGCUGAUACUGAACACCGUCUUUACGGAGUCCAGUUCCAUCCUGAAAUUGAUUUGAUUGAAAAUGGACGGAAAAUGUUGCAUAACUUCUUGUUCGACAUGUCUGGAUUGCAAGGAGGUUUCACAUUGGAGAAACGCGAGCAGCUGUGUAUCGAUUACAUUCGGCGUACGGUCGGACGUGAUAACAUCGUGCUCAUGCUGGUAAGAGGCGGAGUCGAUUCCGCCGUUUGUGUUGCCCUUCUCCAUAAAGCUCUUCUACAGGGUGACGACUCGUCCCAAGUGCAGGACAUCCAUAUCGAUAACGGUUUCCUGCGUAAAGAUGAAUCCGAGCAGGUCGUUAAUAGUUUACAGCAACUCAGACUCAAUCUUCGGGUAAUUUUUCUGGACCGUUCAGAAUAUUAUGAUUGGCCAAAAUGUGAUACGAAAUUAAUUGGUGCGUCGUCGUGUCACAUCUCAAUUUCUACGGUUUACAAUACUUGUUCUACGGCCGAGUUCUUUUACAGACAGUGGCUUCUCAUUUUUUCUUCAUACCUGCGAUUAGAUUCAACUGAUCUUGCUGUUAACAUGGAUACUGCUUAUUAGGUUGUAGACAAGAUGGUCUAAUCCGUUUUUACUGUUCCAGGCAUUUGUAGGGUCUUGUAUGACCUGACGGCGAAACUAACCUUGGAUUUGAUUUACGAACGUUGCUUAGGGAAAUGAUCUCCGCACUCUUUAUAGGACACGUAUACAGAAUUGUAUCAUAGACCAAAUUCAGUUGGGGAACAUUAUGAACAGUGGAUUCUUUAUAUACUUUCGAAAUUGAAAAAUCAAUCAGCUUUGUCGUUUCGGGAAACUAUCUAAAAACUGGCUUUUUAAGAGAAGUUCACGUGAGGACUUGUUGACUAUUCCCUAAAUAUACAUUCACACUUGUUGGAAAGAAUGGGUGCAUUUGUUUUUCGUCGAACUAGAUGGGUUGUUGUCCCUCUCCCCUGUAAAACUACCAUUUUUCGCCCAAUUGAUAAUAUAAUUCCUUUGGCCGGAUGUCGCCCAAAAACAAGCGGAAGGCCAUUCGAGGUGUUAUGCUAUUUCCUGAAAUUGACAUCCAGAAAAUGUUGUAUAUGUUCGCAAAUUGUUAAGAACUAUUCAGAUUGGUACCAUAAAGUAUGACUUUAGGAAAGGGUACGUAGGCUUAUGAGAUGAAGAACAGCUCUGACGUCUUUGGUAAGAGGAAAAGGUACUGCAAAGAGAAGCACCACAUAACGGUUUUAAGAAUGGACUCUUUCGUUUGCUUUGCGCAAUGAAUCUGUGUUUGGAACUGGCAGGGUUGUUUUAUUGUUAAGCAGUGGUACCCAGUCUUUAUUCUUAAAAACCAGAACCGUUCUUCACUUUUCAGGGGGAUUGAUUGAUGAUAGUUGUUGGUUAAAUCAUGAAGAAAACCAAUAGAUGGAUAAGUGGAGGGUUUUGGCAUGUGCGACAGUUCGUGAGCAGACGAACCAUUGAAAAGCCUUGCGCAGUCUAGCUGUAUCUAGCCAGAUAAUAGUCGAACCCGAAACCCGCCGAAACAUUGUUUUGACAAAUACUGUCAAAAAUGCGGUUGUACAGUAUCCUGCACAAAAAUCCGAACACCGAUUUAAUUUUUUA